GCCCCCGCCGACGACCACGCCCACCGCCACCGCCGUCUCGCCGCCAUGUCCCUCGCCGACGCGCUCGCCUCCAUCGGCCUCGGCUACGCCAUCGCCAUCGCGCUCGGCUUCCUCGUGCUCCUCGCCGCGAUCCUCCUCGCCUACCACUUCUGCUGCCGCCGCCGCGCCGCGGCCCACCACCACCACCACCACCAGGGCGCGCAGCAGCAGCAGCAGCAGCACCACUCCGGCCGCCACGGGGCCGCCUCCUCCUCCGCGUCCAGCUCGGGCCACAUCUCCAUCACCGUGCCGCGCUUCGUGUUCGUCGCCGAGGACGACUCCCCGGGCUCCUCCUCGCGGGGCGCCACCGGGUCCACCCCCGUCGGCCUCGACCCCGCCGUGAUCGCCUCCUACCCCAAGGCGCCCUUCGCCCGGGCUGCCGCCGCCGGCGAGCUCGCCUGCUCGAUCUGCCUCUGCGAGUACCGCGACGGGGAGAUGCAGCGCAUCAUGCCCGAGUGCCGCCACCGCUUCCACCUCAUGUGCCUCGACGCCUGGCUGCGCCGCAGCGCCUCCUGCCCCGUCUGCCGCAACUCGCCCAUCCCCACCCCCGUCACCACCCCGCUCAACACCCCGCUCUCCGAGAUCGUCCCGCUCUCCCAGUACGCCGCCGACCGCCGCCGCCACAGGUGACCUGACAGAUUUACUCCAUUUCUUAGCACCAUCUGCUGCCGCCGCUGCUGCUGCUGGUUGUCAGGAAUGGGAUUCGACUUGAUUAUUUAGAGAGAUCGUCAGGAGAGGUUUCGCUAAUCUGCGGGGUUACUUAGGAGUAUCUUCAAAUUGUUCAGCUAGAACAGCGCAAGUUUUGCAGUAGAUCGAUGGACCGAGGCUGGCAGACAAGCUGUGUAAAUACAUUGUUCCUCCGUUCUAAUAUAGCUUAUAUCGACUGAUGUUACCUGUUGCCAUACAGUACUUGUAUGUGGAUGGUUAGUUACCAAACCGCUAUUCCGGUUAUAUGAUUGGUCAAUUUCAUGGUACAUUACAUCUGUGUUGGUUAUCUUAAAUAUAGCUCUUGUUGUCGUUAUUCGAGGUAUGAUUCUGUUUAAGCGACAGGCUGAUUCCUGGAUGAUUGAUAUAGUUCAGAGCAUUGAUUUCUUCAGUCUCAUGAAUCAAUGUAACGGCCGACAUCCUAGAUCAAAUUGAUAGCAAUUAUUCUCUGAAUAUGCGUAGUUUGCUUUAAGCCACUGUGUUUUAGUUAUAUGAUUGGUUAAUUUUAUCGUACGUUACUUCUAUAUAUGUUGGUUGGCUUAAAUAGAGCUCUUCUUGUCGUUAUUCGAGGUAUUAUUGUGUCUAAGUGGGCUUAUUCAUGGAUGAUUGAUAUAAUUUAGAUCAUUGAUUUCUUCACUGUCACGAAUCAAUGUUACUGCCGGCAUCCUAGAUCAAGUGGAUAACAAUUCUUCUCUGAAUAUGUGUCGUCUACUUUGAGCCACAGUAUUCCAGUAAUAUGAUUGAUUAAUUUCAUCGUACGUUGCUUCUAUGUUGGUUACCUUAAAUAGAGUUCUUGUUGUCGUUAUUCGAGGUAUUACUUGUGACCCAAUUGACGUGUCCCACGUCAGCUUGCAUCAUCACAUCGGAGGCACGUGCGCGCGGCCGUGGCACCGAUUGUUGGUGCGAAGCCCUGUCGUGAUGUAAGCCAUAUACACGUGUGUUUGUCCGUUAUUAUUCGGGUUGAUAUAUAAUCAAAGCAUCCAUUUCUCCAGUCUUUGAUCAAUUAAUGUUAGUACUGACAUCCUAAAUCAAAUGGAUACCAAUUAUUAGCUGAAUAUGCAUAGUUUACUUGUGUGGCACUGUAUUCUGUUUAUACUUUUGAUUGAUUUCGUUGCACACUACGUCUAGUUGAUUGCCAUAAAUAGAGCUCUUGUUGUCAUCAUUCGAGGUAUUAUUGGGUCUAAGAGAUAGCUGAUUCCUGGAUGAUUGAUAUAAUUGAGGGCAUCGUUUUCUUUAGCCUCAAUGAAUUAAUGUUAGUGCUGACAUCCUAAAUCAUAUGGAUACCAGUUACUUGCUUAAUAUGCAUUGUCUACUUAGAUCUUUAAAGGUAGAACUCUUGCCCUGUUUUUUAAUCUUAGCUUUUUAAACUGUGAUCUUCUCAACAUGAUGUGUUACUUAACUUUCUGAAGGGGUCUAACUUGAGAUAAUUUUGACUUACAGCUGAAUUGGUUACUGCUUAAGUUUUCCAUCCAGUGUAUAUCCCUUUGAUUGUGAGCAACUUUGUAUUUUUUUAAUUUCCAAUUUUGUAAUAUAAAUUCAUGAUGCUGUCAUUGGCUUGAAUUCUGAAAUGUUGCCCUGAUUGGUUCAAUGGUCUUAAUUUUCUCUGUUUUUUUCUCUGGACUAGCUGUGCUCAUGUUUUGUGUUAGUGAACUUGACUUCUCUGGUGACUAAAAUACUGCUCUGCGCCGGUGUUCUCCUUCAACUAAACUGGGUUCCAACUGUUAAUAACUGAUAUCAUCAGCUGAAAGAAUCUGUACUGUACCUGUCUUUCAGUAUCCCACGGGAGAAGUUAAAUAUAGAAGGCAAGUCGUUUUCUUGUUAUUCAGAUAGAUGGUCGUGAUCUACCACAGUUUGGUUGCUAGUUGCAGAUUUGAACAAAUACCUGACAAACAUUGAAACAAAAUGUUGUAGUUCUAGUACACAGAACAGCUGAUGUCAGAGUCAUUUGUUUCCCUGCAUUUCUUGGCCACCACUAUGCACCUCUCGUAGUGGCACUCUGAAUUGCUUCUUCCUUCUUUUGAUUCCUCCCCACUUGUUAUUUUAUUUGUGUUUGGGGUUAGACAACUAGUAGAUUUUGAUAUAAUUUCUAGCUCAUUCUGUGCCCACGUGUGUUUGACGCCAACAGCACAUUCAGAAUAUGUUAUGAACUGUGUUGUGUUUCUUUGAAUAUUAGUGUUAUGGCCGACAUCCUAGAUCAGAUGGAUAAUAAUUAUUCUCUGAAUAUGCUUAGUUUGCUUUGAGCCACUGUAUUCUGGUUAUAUGAUUUGUUAAUUUCAUUGUACAUUACUUCUAUGUUGGUUACCUUAAAUAUUGGUCUUGUUGUCGUCAUUCGAGGUAUUAUUGUGUCUAAGUGAUGGCUUAUUUCUGGAUGAUUGAUAUAAUUUAGACUUUUAGAGCAUUGAUUUUUUCACUCUCAUGAAUCAAUGUUACAGCUGACAUCCUAGAUCAUGGAUAACAAUUACUCUCUGAUUAUGUGUAGUUUUACUUUGAGCCAUUGUAUUCUGGUUAUAUGAUUGGUUAAUCUCAUCGUACGUUACCUUUAAGUUGGUUACCUUAAAUAGAGCUCUUGUUGUCGUUAUUUGAGGUAUUGUGACCAAUUGAUGCGUUCCACACUCCCACGCCGGCUUGCGUCAUCGUGUCGCAGGACGUGUGCUCGGCCAUGGCACCCAUUCUUGGCUCGGAGCGCUGUCGCGAUAUAAGCCAUAUACGUGUGUGUUUGGCCGUUAUUAUUUGGGUUGAUACAAUCAAAGCAUUGAUUUCUUCAGUCUUGAUGAAUUAAUGUUAGUGCUGACAUCCUAAAUCAAAUGGAUACCAAUUAUUAGCUGAAUAUGCAUAGUUUUUGUUUACUGAAUAUUCAUAGUUUACUUGUGAGGCACUGUAUUCUGGGUAUAUGGUUGAUUAAUUUCAUUGAACACUAUAUUUAGUUGAUUACCUUAAAUAGAACUCUUGUUGUCAUUAUUCGAGGUAUUGCUUGGUCUAAAGACAGCUGAUUCCUUGAUGAUUGAUAUAAUUCAGAGCAUUGAUUUCUUCAGUCUUGAUGAAUUAGUGUUAGUGCUGACAUCCUAAAACAAACGGGUAACAAUUAUUCUUUGAAUAUGCAUAGUUAUUUUGUGUGAUUCAUAUGCAUAGUUUACUUGUGAGGCACUGUAUUCUGGUUAUAUGGUUGAUUAAUCAUUGAACAUUAUAUCUACUAGCUGAUUACCUUAAAUAGAACUCUAGUUGUACCUUAAAUAGAACUCUAGUUGUCAUUAUUCGAGCUAUUACUUGGUCUAAGAGACAGCUGAUUCCUUGAUGAUUGAUAUAAUUCAGAGCAUUGAUUUCUUCAUUCUCAAUGAAUCAGUGUUAGCGCUGACAUCCUAAAUCAGAUGUGUACCAAUUAUCGGUUAAUGUGCAUUGUUUACUUAGAUCUGUGAAGGGAGAAGUACUCCCUCCGUUCGGAAUUACUUGUCGCAGAAAUGAAUGUAUCUAGACGUAUUUUAGUUCUAGAUACAUCCAUAUCCGAGACAAGUAAUUCCGAACGGAGGGAGUACAUCCCUGUUUUUUUAAGCUUAGCUCUUUAAACUGUGAUUUUCUCAACAUGAUGUGUUACUGCAACUUUUUAAAGGGAUGUAUCUAGUCACCACAUUUGAGAUAAUUUUGAUGUACAGCUGUCUAGGUUACUACUUCAGUUUUCCAUCCAGGGCAUAUCCCUUUGAUUUUGAGCAACUUUGUAUUUUUUUAAUUUGUUAAUAUAACUUCAUGAUGUUAUUAAAUAGCUUGAACUCUGAAAUGUUACCCUGAUUGGUUCAAUUGGUCUUAGUUUUCUCUGUUUUUUAGUUUUCUGGACCAGCUGUGCUCGUGUUUUGUGUUAGUGAACUUGCCUUUUCUGGUUACUAAAAUAUUGCUUUGCGCCGCUGUUUCCCUUGAACUAAACCUAGUUCCACCUGUGAAUAACUGAUAUCAUGACCUGAAAGAACCCAUGCAUUUUCAUGUGUUAUGUAAGGCGAAGGUUGUGAGAUCUGCCACAGUUUGGUUGCUUGUUGCAGAUUUGAACAAACACCUGAUGAACAUUGAACCAAAAUAUUGUAGUUCUCGUACAUGGAACAGCUGUUUUCAGAGUCAUUUGUUUCCAUGUAUUUCUUGACCACCACCAGGCACCUCUCCUAGUGACACUCGAAUGUUUCUUCCUUUUCCACCUUACUUUUGGAUAUGGAUAUUGUAAGAUCUUUUGAUUCUUCCCCACUUGUAAUUUUAUUUGUGUUUGGGGUUAGACAACUACUAGUAGAUUUUGAUAUCAUUUCUAGAUGAUUCUGUGCUCACGUGUAUUUGAACGUCAAAAGCAUGUUCAGAAUAUGUUAUGAACUGUGACGUGUUUCUUUUGAUAUUUAGCUAGUCAAUGUUUGAAGUUUGACCCAAUAAA